AUGGCGAGUCUUAACCCCGAGCUACGACGUCAAGUCAUUGCUAUCUACAAAGAGCUGCUAUAUCUUGGCCGAGAAUACCCCCUCGGCUUCGACUACUUUCGUCCUCGUCUGCACAAGGCCUUCAUCUCCAAGGCUGCUGAGCGCGAUGAGGACAAGAUCCGGCAGGGCAUUGCGCAGGCUGAAUAUGUCAAGAAGGAGAUCGAGACAUUGUACUAUUUAAAAAGGUAUCGCACUUUGAGAAAACGGUAUGAUGCCGACGCGUAA